ACCGUUAUGGAUAUUAUUUUAUUCAUGUUAUAAUCAUUUGAAUUAGUAAUAAAAUAAAUGUUUUGAAAUUACUAGGAACGGACAGUCUCAAGAAUGCCUGAUAAAGUAAAAACUAGCCGCAAGAAUUCAUCUAUAAAAUUAUGGUGGAUAACAUUUGGAGUGCUGUGCGGCGCCACAUUUGUGACAAGGUUCUACAAAGUGUUGGAACCAGAUCAUGUAUGUUGGGACGAAACUCAUUUUGGCAAAAUGGGUAGUUGGUACAUAAACAGGACUUUCUUCUUUGAUGUGCAUCCUCCUCUUGGCAAGAUGCUCAUUGCGUUGUCAGGAAAGCUGACAGGAUAUGAUGGCACCUUUCCUUUUGAUAAGCCCGGAGACAAGUAUGAUGGCGCCAAAUAUGAAGGCAUGAGAAUUUUCUGUACAACCUUGGGAGCCCUAGUCAUUCCUUUGACGUUUUUAUCAUUAUGGGAGAUGACAAAGUCAUUGGACUCCAGUUUUAUAGGAACAAUGCUCUUAUUAUGUGAUGUUGGUUUUCUUACUCUAAACCGGUAUAUUUUGUUGGACCCAAUUUUGCUGUUUUUUAUGAGCUGCUCUAUUUAUGGUGCUAUGAAGGUCCGCACGCUCACCACCGAAGGUCACGCGCCCUUCUCACCAAUACUGAUAACCUGGCAGCUGUUCCUCGGUGCUUCGCUGGCCUGCACCAUGUCGGUCAAGUUUGUGGGGCUGUUCGUCGUGCUUUUUGUGGGGCUGCGGACUGUGGCUGACUUGUGGGACGUCCUCGGAGACCUUACAAAACCUGUGAGCCUCACCGUGAAACAUCUGAUUGGCAGAACCAUCACUCUAAUCUUGUGGCCUGCUGCUCUCUACGUGUUCUUCUUCUGGAUACAUCUCACCGUAUUAUCAAAAAGUGGAAACGGCGACGGCUUCUAUUCAUCCGGUUUCCAAGCGCGCCUCAUAGGAAACAGUCUUCACAACGCCAGUGCCCCUCGCGUACUGGCCUAUGGAGCAGUAGUGACAUUGAAGAACCAUCGCACUGGAGGGGGGUACUUACACUCGCAUCAUCAUCUGUACCCGGCCGGGGUUGGCGCGAGGCAGCAACAGAUAACAACUUACACGCACAAAGACGAGAACAACCGCUGGAUCGUCCGGCCAUACGCAUCCUCACCUUCAGGCACUGUGCUUGUGCGCAGCGGAGAUCUAGUGCGGCUCACGCAUGCGCAGACUAUGCGCAACCUGCACUCGCACAGGGAGCGCGCGCCGCUCACGCAGAAAUGCAUGCAAGUUACUGGAUACGGCGAAGACGGAGUUGGCGACGCGAACGACGUGUGGAAGAUCGUGAUUGGUGGAGGCAAAGAUGGCGACGAAAUACAAACUGUCAAGAGUAAACUCAUGUUCGUGCACUAUUUGCAAGCGUGCGCACUGACAACAACCGGCAAGCAGUUACCGAAGUGGGGUUACGAGCAGCAAGAGGUCGCCUGCAACCCCAACUUGAGGGACAAGAACGCGCUGUGGAACGUAGAGGACAAUGUGUUUGAUGACCUACCAAAAGUAAGCUUCGAGGCCUACGCGUCAGGCUUCAUAGAGCGCUUCUUAGAGUCCCACGCCGUGAUGUUGCAGGGCAACGCGGGGCUCAAGCCUAAAGAGGGCGAGGUCACCAGCCAGCCGUGGCAGUGGCCUAUCAACUACCGGGGCCAAUUCUUCUCCGGUAGCGCGCACAGAGUCUACCUGCUAGGCAACCCGGUGGUGUGGUGGACCAACCUCGCGUUCCUCGCCGUGUUCUUCGUCAUUUAUGUUGUCAACUCCGUUAGGGAGAAGCGGGCGGAGGCGCGCGGCAUCGUGUUGCAAGGUGGUGAAAAUGCAAGACUCCUAAACGCAGCGGGAUGGAGCUUCAUUGGCUGGGCGUUGCACUACGUACCCUUCUGGGCGAUGGGACGAGUGCUGUACUUCCACCACUACUUCCCUGCCUUGGUCUUCAGUUCCAUGCUAACGGGUAUUCUCACCGAAUAUCUUCUAAAAAGCAUCAAGGCUUACCUAAGCCCGGAGCUCGGCCGUGCUGUGUACCAAGGAGCUAUAGGCCUCGUGUUGUCCACUACCGUGUACAGUUUCUACCUGUUCUCUCCUUUGGCUUAUGGCAUGAGUGGGCCGCUUGCACACGAGCCUAAUUCCACCAUGGCGGGACUCAAGUGGCUUGAGUCUUGGGAGUUUUAGAUAUUAAUUUCACAAACAAAAAGUCAGGCCUGGUGGCUACAACAGUGUACCGUUUGUACCUGGCUUAAUAAUUCAGCCUAUAUACGUCCCACUGCUGGGCACAGGCCUCCUCUCAUGCGCGAGAGGGCUUGGGCUAUAGUCCCCACGCUAGCCCAAUGCGGAUCGGGGACUUCACAUACACCUUUGGAUUUCUACGCAGAUGUAUGCAGGUUUCCUCACGAUGUUUUCCUUCACCGAAAAGCUAGUGGUAAAUAUCAAAUGAUAUUUCGUACAUAAGUUCCGAGAAAGCAUUGGUACGAGCCAGGAUUUGAACCCGCGACCUUCGGAUUGAAAGUCGGGCGUCAUAUCCACUCGGCCACCACCGCUUACUUGUACCUGGCUUACCGGGGGUUUAUUUUGGCUUAUGGAAUGAGCGGUCCUUUAGCACACAAGCCUAAUUCCAACAUGGUAGGGCUCGAGUCCCUUGCAAGUCUUGGGAGUUUUAGAUAUUUAUGUAAUUUGCGAGGGAGCCACAGGCAGGUAAAAUGGUUGAAAAAAUCAACGAGUGGAUAUUAUUUAUUGUAUAAUUUUGUAAGUAGAAUGUAAUGCGCGGAAUCCGUGUAAAUUAUAAUAACUAAGUAUUGUUUUUAGGAUGUCGUAUUAAAAAGUACAUAUAGUGUAACCCGU